CGAAGGUCAGACCCGAUGGAAAAAAGACCGUGACGCUGACUGGGAUUUCUUUGAGAUGAAGAGACCAGCUGCAGCGUGUUUCUUUUCAUAUACAUCGUUACACAGAAACAAGGAGAUUUUUAUGUUUUUAUAAAUAUACAUAAUCGGGCACAGACUUGAAAGGUAAAAGGUCGUCGUUGGUCGCUGCACGGAACCCCCAUGAUUCCUAUAUGUCCAGUUGUUUCUUUCACCUAUGUGCCUGGCCGGCUGGGCGAAGAUGCCAAAAUGGCUACCAGUAACUACUUUGGAUUUGCCCAUGGUGGUGCUGCGCAGUACAGCCAACAGCCGGCCACUGGCAUCGCCUACUCCCAUCCAACCACAGCUGGCAGCUACACGGUCCACCAAGCACCAGUAGCUGCUCAUGCUGUGACAGCAGCCUAUGCUCCGGCAGCUGCUGCUACGGCAGCCAGACCAAUUCCUGCUGUGGCUGCAGCAGCAGCUGCCACAGCAGCCUAUGGAGGGUACCAAGCAACACACACCGCAGCAGACUAUGGGUAUACACAGCGGCAACAAGAGGCCCCUCCGCCUCCUCCACCCGUCACCUCGCAAAAUUAUCAGGACACCUAUACGUAUGUGCGCUCUACAGCACCAGCAAUAGCCUACGACAGCAAACAAUAUUAUCAACAGCCUGGUGCUGCAGCUCAACCACACCCAACUGCUGCAGAAGCCUACUAUCAAGCUGCUGCCAAGGCAGGAUAUAGUCAAGCUGCAACGCAAUAUACACAAGCUCAACAGACUAGACAAGUGACAGCAAUUAAGCCAGCUACUCCGAACCCAACUACUACCUUUACUGUUUAUCCUGUAUCCACAACUGUGCAACCAGCAGCUGCAGCAGCUGCCACCGUGGUUCCGUCCUAUACGCAAAGUGGUACCUAUAGCUCAACUGCUGUGACGUACACUGGAGCUACAUAUGCUGGUUAUGAAGCUGCAGUGUACUCUGCUGCAUCUUCCUAUUAUCAACAGCAGCAGCAGCAGCAGCAGCAGCAACAACAACAACAGAAACAAGCUGCAGCUUGGGCUGGGAGCACUUUUACCAAGAAAGUACCUUUCCAGAAUAAGCAGAAACCAAAGCAGCCACCAAAACAACCUCAGAUUCAUUACUGUGAUGUUUGCAAGAUCAGUUGUGCUGGUCCUCAGACUUACAGGGAACAUUUGGAAGGGCAGAAACACAAGAAGAAGGAAGCAGCUCUAAAAACUACUAAUCAAAGCAGCAAUGCUGGAACGGCUCGAAGCAUUCAAAAUCAGCUGCGAUGUGAACUCUGUGAUGUCUCGUGCACUGGCGCUGAUGCAUAUGCAGCUCAUAUUCGUGGAGCAAAGCAUCAGAAGGUGGUCAAAUUGCACACAAAGCUUGGCAAACCCAUUCCAUCAACAGAACCUAGCAUGGUCAGCCAGACAGCAACUACAACUACAGCUGUCAAGCCGCCCACUCCAAAUCCACCCAUGGGAUCGAGCAGUGGAAUGGCUGCUGCAACUCCCAAUAUUUCCACUAUUGUAAAGACUAAUCCAGUUGCUGCUGUGUCUAUCAAUAAUGUAACUAAUAAGCUGCUUGCUGUGAAGAAAGCACCAACCCCGAAGAUUACUUUUAUAGGUGGUAACAAGUUGCAGACUACAGGAACUUUAAUUGAAGAGGCCAAAACACCUGAAGUAAAAUUGGCAGCACCAUCUGUUCAGGAGACCAAAUCAGAGGCAGUGGUGGAGCCAAUAACAGCACUUGCUGCGUUGCAGAGUGAUGUUCAGCCUGUUGGUCAUGAUUACGUGGAAGAGGUUCGAAACGAUGAAGGCAAAGUGAUUCGCUUCCACUGCAAAUUAUGUGAGUGUAGUUUCAAUGACCCAAACGCAAAGGAAAUGCAUCUAAAAGGAAGGCGACACAGACUGCAGUAUAAGAAAAAAGUAAAUCCAGAAUUGCAAGUUGAAGUAAAACCAAGUAUUAGAGCAAGGAAAAUCCAGGAAGAAAAAAUGAGAAAACAGAUGCAGAAAGAAGAAUACUGGAGACGGAGAGAGGAAGAAGAGCGUUGGCGAAUGGAAAUGAGACGGUAUGAGGAGGACAUUUACUGGAGGAGGAUGGAAGAAGAGCACCAUUACUGGGAUGAUCGCCGCAGACUGGUUGAUGGAUAUCCUCCAGGGCUACUUGGUGUUCGACCUGGAAUGAUGCAGCCUCAAGGGCCACUGCCUCCAAGGCGUCCAGACUCGUCAGAUGAUCGCUACGUUAUGACAAAACAUGCUGCUAUCUACCCAACUGAAGAGGAGCUGCAGUCUGUCCAGAAAAUAGUUUCACAUACUGAACGUGCUCUUAAACUUGUAUCUGACUGCAUAACAGAGCAAGACAAACCAAAGAACAAAGAAGAUGAUAAAAAGGAUUUAAUCAAAGAUAGAAGAGAUGAUAGCCAGAGAGCUUUGAAGGGUGUCAUGCGAGUUGGCGUACUUGCUAAAGGAUUGCUGUUACGUGGGGACAAAAAUGUGAACCUUGUACUGCUUUGCGCCGAGAAACCAACUGGAGUACUACUGAAUCGCAUUGCAGACAAUUUGCCAAAGCAACUUGUGGCGACUACUCCUGAGAAGUACGAAGUAAAGUGCUGCAUUCCUGACUCAGCCAUUAUUAUUACUUCAAAUAUGGAACCAAAAAUGCAAGUCACCAUCACACUUACAUCACCGGUCAUUAGAGAGGAGAACAUGGGAAUUGGAGAUGUAACCUCGGUUAUGGUGAAAGACCCACCGGACGUCUUGGACAGGCAAAAAUGCCUUGACGCUCUGGCUGCUCUCCGCCACGCUAAGUGGUUCCAGGCUAGAGCCAAUGGUUUGCAAUCUUGUGUGAUCAUUAUUCGCAUCUUGCGUGAUCUCUGCCAGCGGGUACCAACCUGGGGAGUUUUGCCAAGCUGGGCCAUGGAAUUGCUUGUGGAAAAAGUAAUCAGCAGUGCUUCUGGGCCACUUAGUCCGGGUGACGCUUUGAGGAGAGUUUUCGAAUGUGUUUCUUCUGGAAUACUUCUACCAGGUGGUCCUGGCCUAUAUGAUCCUUGUGAAAAGAACCCGAAUGAUACAUUGAAUUCAGUCAUUGAACAACAGCGAGAAGAUAUAACAGCUAGUGCACAGUUUGCUCUGAGAUUAAUAGCAUUCCGCCAGAUUCACAAAGUCUUGGGAAUGGAUCCAUUACCUCAGAUGAAUCCACGUUUCAGUGUUCGUAAUCGAAAGAGGAGGAGGGACAACAGUGAUGGGACGGAUGGAUUGGAAGCCGAGGGAAAGAAGGAUAAAAAAGAUUUUGAUAGUGGAGAAUUUUAAAUUUCACAAUGUCCAAGGUUGUUAAUACAAUAUUGACUAUAUUUGGACUUGAAACAAAUGUCUGAUUUAUAUGUGUUGCCAUAUUUUAAAUAUAGUUAUGUUAAAUGUAAAUAAGGUACACACUUUACACUCGAGUGGCAUGUUGUCUAAGCAUAUUUAAACAAACCAAUUGUUAAUGGUCCCAUUUGUGACACUUAAACAGAACUACUAAAUUACAUCUUUCUAUUGUUUAAUGGAUAGUGAUAAACCUGCUUUAUAAUUUGAAGAGAUGCUUAUGUAAAUAAGUAUUGCUUCCUUCAGCAUUCAUUUGUUUAGAAUAAUAAAAGCAAGAGUGGAAGGUCAUGUAGAUUGCACAAAUCGGGUGACAGUAUUUCUAAGGACGCAAUGUAAUACUGGCACUUGAAUUCAACUAAACACUUGCUUUUGGCGAACCUGUGACGUUUGUUAAAUAUAAAGGUGAAUGUGAAUAACAAUUUGGUUUCUUCAGUUUAAAGUUCUUAGCUGUGCAUCAGCGAGGGGGGAAAGAGACAGUUUGAUGUUGCGCCUGGCAGCAGUUUUAAUGCAGUGCUUUUACAUUCAUUCCUAGUAAAUCAGCUUGCAUGACUGAUCUAUACCCUUGGAGGUUUGUGUUGUAGAAAUGCUUUUAAUGAAGCUAACAGUUUUCAUGUUUUUUGUUUUCAAUGGAAAAGUUAUGUAGUUUGUUUUAUAUGGUUCAAUAUGUAGUAAAAAAAAAAAGCUUGAAUGCAAUUGCCAUGUUGAAAACACUUCUGUUGUAAUUGAGGUUGGACUGUACCCCUUGUGUAUACUUUGUCAAUUCUUACUCAACAAUAAAACUUAAAGCAACACAAAAA